AUGAGAAGAUCAAGUGCCCAACUGUCUACUGCGAGGCACAAGACUCACUCGCCUCCCCGUAGAAUUACAAGGAGCAGGAGCCGUACACCAUGGAGCCGAAUCCGCACUUCCGAUUCUCAACGAAGUGACCAACGUGGCUCUUCCACGCGUGAUAAUAGAAGAUCUGAACAAAGUCAGUCAGCGAGACAGUCACGUCCGACAACACGCUCCACCUACAACUCUCAAACUCAAAGAUCUAUGACAAAUAUUCGUCGUUCUAGAAGCAGAAACGUGAGAUUCGCAAGCCCGCCACGUCAAGGAAGGAUUGACACCGGCACGUCCAGAAUCCAAUUUACUUCCAACCGAAAUCGGAGAAGUCAGUCCGCAUCGAGACCAUUGAGUCAGCCGAGAGGAAAUACACUCGACCUUAGUAAUCGAUACAAACAGUCUAGUCGUUGGCUGGCCUUAGCGUGUCUGCACACAGCGUACAUUGUUGAUCGGGAUACUGAUUUUGAGUAUCCAGAUUUUGACACUUCUGGAUAUACGCCCAAGGUUCUUGCGACAAUCAAGGAGUUGACAAAGCCAGUGAAGGUCUGGAACGUCAACACUAUGACCAUCCCCCGCAAGACUCUCAUGCCUUUGCAUGAAAACUAUCGUGGACUCGACCACAAAAUUGAUCAAAUGGUGAUUCCUGAUUUAGAUCCGAAUGGAAAAGAACAAGCUCUGUGUGCUGAUCCAACCCCAACUAUUCCGAAUUUCACAGGUGAAUUGUUUCUGGACAUUCAAACCACUUCCGCGAAGAGCAUUAUUGAAAAAGCACACAAAAGAAUCAAUGGUAUAAACACUGUCUAUGAUGUUCUAGAUAUAUCUUCUCGAAAAUAUUUGAUCAGUGGAGAUGAUGAUUCAGUUUUGAAACGUGAACUAGAGUUCUUUGCUGAUCAUAAUUCGAAACAAGCGGAAGACACUCGGGAGAAAGCCCCAAAAAAAGGAUAUUUGCCAGUUAGGAUUUACAAAAUGUCUGAGAACGAGGAAGAGCCAUUCGACAACUUGCAAAAGGUAGUCAAGACAAGCAGCAUCCUCAUAAUUGAAGAUCUUUGCGAUGUGAUUGGACUCAAAAGAAAGGCGUUCACUCUUAGAGAACUGUUAAAAGCAAUGCCUGAAUACAAAGUCAACGUGUCGAGGCAGAUUCCAGAACCUCCUGAGGUUAAUAUGCUGACAGUUUACGAUAAGAAACUGGAAGAAAAGUCACAGGGAUGGAGAGCCAACGCCAUUCAACACGAUGUUAGUCUGGAAAGUUUUGUCGAUUAUUACGAGACAUCGACAGCUUUGUCAAUCAGAGCGCUUCAAAACGUCAAAGCUUGUCCAGACAAUGCAGAAUCCAUAAUUGACACAUUGCAAAAAGAGUUGAAAAAUGCGUCAUUGCCGUUGCCACGUAAAUACCAUAUUCACCCAGAUGCCACAGUCAUUGCAUUCGGAACGAAUAUUGAUAUCAACCCAGAGAAUAAAUAUCACAAAUUAAAACGACAAUUGCAGAAUGUCGAAAAGUUGCCCAAGUUUCUCCGUCCCACAAAAGAUGGCGACCUAAUGGAUCAUGUGCCAGAAAUCCUUGCCGGAAUCAACACACUUCAAGUGUACGCCAAAGUUCCAGGUGUAAAAACAUACCCGCACAUUGAGAACGGAAGCUUGGAAUCCGUAAAUGUUAAUUUGGGACCAGGCAACAGUGUAUGGUACAGUGUGCCGCUGGAGUAUAGUGCCAAACUACAAGAAUUGGCAAGCGAGAAAAUGAGUUCAAGAGAAAAGGAAGAAUUUUUUAAACAAGGAUAUUGGCCUAAUGAAGAGGAAUGUAUAUCGAGAGGAAUUCCAAUACAAAAAUUCAUCCAAAGGCCAUUCGAUACAGUGUAUGUUGGUGUUGGAACAUACCACUGGGUAGUGGCUACUGGCUUCACAAUUCAAAUUGCCUGGAACGUGGCUUCGAAAUGUUUCCGGCAACUGGCGAUGGUCGCUAUCACUCAUGAUCACUAUCUGGCCAAUAAGUACACUUCACUCAUUCCCAUCGAGCCAAUGAUUUGGAAUAUGGUGAGAAACAAGACUGACAUAGACGACAAGCUGAAACGACUGGUCAAAGGAAUGCUAUGUCGAAGUCUCGCAAACUGUAAAUUCGAAAUCGACUAUGUUGAGAAGCACAACAUUAGAAAGGUGCCUAUCCAAAAGACACACGGGUUCGCUCCUAUUGAACGUUGCCACAAAUGUGAUGUGAUUGUGUUUAACUUGCUGCCAACAGACACUAGACCGAACGUCUACUGCUUCCAAUGCUUAAAACCGAACAAUAUUGACGUGGUAUAUCAGAGAUACUCCAUAAAGAAACUCAGUGAUUUCUAUGAUUCCGUCCACCUCUAUUGA